AUGCGUUUGGAGUUUCUUUUCGUUCGCUGUCAAAUACGCACUUUGACCACCGUACCACCACUACUCAUCGCUAGAGGUACACUUUCGGCAGCAACUUGGAACGCCUGGAUGGAAAAGGAACAACUAAACAGUGAUGAGGAUCCCCUUGUCAUGGACCAUAACAUCAUCGAAGCAGCAGUUGCCGACCAACUUCAACUACUUGAUGGGCACCGAAUUACUCUCAUAGAUCUUCGUGCCGCUCUUCAAGAAGAAAACAGAAUGAACUCGGCAAGCUUUCAAGAGACUGUGUUCGAAAAACUUCGUCUCAUUCAGUCGACCCUGGACGUAGCCAUUCAACAGAGAAACAACAACGCCGAAGUGAUUGAUCAACCGCAGAUUGCCAGACAAGAGGCUCUUGUCGAGGGGGAGGGCGCUCCCAGGGAAGCGCAAGAAAGAGAAGGUAUACUGGAAAAUGUCGAAUUUAUGGAAGAAGGUCAAGAGCUAGAAGCUGAACGGGAACAAGAUUCAGAAGCAGAACAAGAACAAUUGAGAAAUCCUCCAGAAGCCGUCAAUCAGGAACAGGAAGACGCGCAGCCGAGAGACCAACCGGACGCUGAAGAUCCACCACUGCCCACAGGACAGCGCGAAAUCGAGCAGGAACUUCACCGAUUGCGACAAGCCGAGAUGAACUUUCGACGCAACAUCCAACUAGAAGCUGAACGGGAACAAGAUCCAGAAGCAGAACAAGAACAAUUGAGAAAUCCUCCAGAAGCCGACAAUCAGGAAGACGCGCAGCCGAGAGACCAACCGGACGAUGAAGAUCCACCACUGCCCGUAGGACAGCGCGAAAUCGAGCAGGAACUUCACCGAUUGCGACAAGCCGAGUUGAACUUCAGACGCGUCAUCCAAGUACUUAUGGAAACGCCAACCUGCCCACCGAGGAGAUUCGAACAAGGCCAAAUUCGUCUUAGCGGAGAACGAUUCAUGCGUUGUGUUUUUUGUGAGGCAAUGGGAGAACACUAUUCUGACUCAUGCCACAUAGUCAGCCGGGUCGAACAGAGAAGACAACUCGUAGGCGAAAGAAGACUAUGUAUUCUUUGCUUGGAGUAUUGCACUGGCGGUCAAUUCUGUAAGAAACGCUUCACUAAAUGCUAUCAUUGUCGAAGGACAGGACAUCACUCCGCCCUAUGCGAAUUACCGGAGACCACACCGAGAGUUAUUGAACAACUCACACAAGCGAGAGUGGGAUUUGGUCGCUGCGAACUAAGAAUACGAGAUUUGGAAGAACGCCUUCAUCGCCUACACAACUGA